AACAGAGUAUUUUCUCUCUGAUUUAUUGUUCAAGCAAAAUGAAACUAUUACUCUACUUAAAUUUAAUUCUACUUCUGCUUUUGGUUUCAGCUGAAGUGCAAACAGAGACAAUUUCAACAACUCUACUAUGCGGAUCAUAUUUACCACCUAAUGAUCCAGAAACUGUCAUUGAUGAGGACGAAAGGCAGAAGUAUUCUUUGUGCAACAAAGUAGCAGGCAAAGAAAACAAUUUGAUUAACCAGUCUACGCGAUUUCCAGCAUCAUCUUCGCAAACACAAACAUUCAACAGGUCGCUAGGACCGACAGAAUCAUCUAAAGAGCUUAAUUUUUCAGAGAUAUUAAGAUCAAUCUACUUUGCUACAGUUUCAAAAGGUUCUUCUGACACAAAUUAUUCUAGUUUUUCUAUCUAUGUGAUGACAAGUACCAAGAUUUCUUUUAGCAGUUUAAUUUCUACUAAAACAGUCACUAAUGAGACUCCAGUUUUAGGUUCUUUACCAUCUACUUUCCAGCUUGAUGGCAAUAGAACAUUUUUUGAUUACUCUACUUCUAGUGAAAAUGGUGCUGUUAGUUUAAAUUUUCCUAAAGCUUUAUUUAAUAUUAAAGAAAAAAAAAAUUUUAUGUUUUUUGAUUUAUGUCCUUACAUAUUUUUGUCACUGGUUUUGUUUUUUGUUUUCUUAUGA